AUGAAUCAAGCUGUCAGAGUAGCAUCUCGUACAAAACCCUAUGACCAUGUGUUAAUUGUGCUACAUGGUUUAGGUGACACAGGUCAAGGUUGGACAUUUUUAGCCUCUGAAUUACAACAGGAGAAAUGUUUUGAUUCUACUAAUUUUAUAUUUCCCAAUGCACCACAUAUUCCAAUUACAGCUAAUAGUGGUAUGCAUAUGCCUGGUUGGUUCGAUAUCAAGGAGUGGGAUCCACAUAUGAAACAAUUUGAUACCGAGGGGUACCUUAAAUCAUUACAAUGUGUCGAAGAUUACGUUACAGAGGAAAUAAAGAAUGGAAUUCCUGCUAAAAACAUUAUUAUAGGUGGCUUCUCACAAGGGGCAGCUCUAACUUUAGGUUGUACAUUAAACCUCAAGGAAAAAAUUGGAGGGUUUUUCUCGUUGUCUGGAUUUAUUAACUCUGGUAUUAAAGAUGUUAUAUGGAACAAUGAGGUCAACGAAAAUGCUAAAAAAUGUAAUCUAGAUACACCAAUUUUCCAUGGACAUGGUAACUGGGAUCCAGUUGUCGACAUUGAAAAAGGUAAAGAUGCGCAGAAGUAUCUUACAACGGAGUGCCAUUUCAAGGAUUACGAUUUCCACGAGUAUGCUCAUCUGGAACAUUCAGUUGCACCACAAGAAUUAAAGGAUUUAACUGAUUUCAUCAAGAAAUGCUGGAACAUGUAG